CGGCCGCGCACGCGCGCAGCCCUCACCGCCGCCUUUUCCUCCCCGGUAGCGCCCCCUGCAGGCGCGGGGGAGGCGCUGCCCCGCCGGCCCCUCACGGGAAGGGACGGGCCGCUCCCGUUCGCUUGCGAUGGAACGAAGAAGCUGUGUUGUUUUUUUGGUUUUUGGUUGUUUGUUUUCUUUUUUUUUUUUUCCCCUAAAUAUGUACGCCAAAGUUUCUAAACUUGAGAAAGCGUUUCUGGGCGUCGGUGUGAUCAGCUGCGAUUCAGGCUGGUAGAGACUUGGCUGAGAGUGAAAAGUGACCUGACCUCACUACAGUAGAGGCAGGACUGCCUGAUCUCACCGGAAAGAAGAGGAAGGCACACAGAAGAACUGCUUGGUUACCCACAUGAAUACAAGCACAUCCCUAUUUUAGACCAAAAGCUGUUCAAGCCAAUGACUGGCAGCACCUGCUUGUUCCAGAGGGCAACACUCCAGGGAUUACUGUGAGCCAGUGCCAAGAGCCAGCAUUUCUCACUCCCCUCUCACCCGCCUCCGUCCCCUGCCACACACCCCAGUAUAGAAUGACAGCACAUUGCCACAAUUUAGAUUACUCUGCCUCUGCCCCCGUGGAAGGACAGGUCCUCUAGAGAACACCAGGCACAGCAGCUAUCCAUUCUCCCAGAAAAAUCUUCAUCAUGGCCUAUAAAGCAGCACAUUUGGCCUUUAAGUCGCGCUGGCACAAGACGGAUGAAGAGCUCUGUCGGCACAGCAUGUCCUUUGUCUUGCACAAGGCGAUCCAGAACGACUUCUUCAAGUGCUACCUUUAUCUGCUGGAAAAGCUUCCCCUGGUGAAACUUUAUGCUCUGACAAGCCAAGUCAUCAAUGGGGAGAUGCAGUUCUACGCCAGAGCCAAACACUUCUACCGGGAGGUGCCCGCCACAGAGGAGGGAAUGAUGGGAGACUACAUCGAGCUCUCCAACACAGACGUUGAAUCCUCCCGGGAGUUUCUCAGGAAGUUUGUUGGGGGGGUGGGGAAAGCUGGCACCAGCCGUGCCUUGGACUGUGGCUCUGGGAUAGGUCGAAUCAGCAAGCAUGUCUUGCUACCGGUUUUCAAGAGUGUGGAGCUGGUGGAUAUGAUGGAGAAUUUCCUGGCUGAGGUCCCAAACUACCUGCAGGGCAAGGAGGACAGAGUAGAGAUGUAUUACUGCAAAAGCCUCCAGGAAUUCACACCGGCCCCACGAAGAUACGACGUCAUCUGGAUUCAGUGGGUUUCAGGAUAUCUAACAGACAAAGAUCUCCUGGAGUUUCUCAUCCGCUGCCAGGGUGGCUUGAAGGAUAAUGGUGUCAUCAUUCUGAAGGACAAUGUGGCCAGGGAGGGCUGCACCCUGGACUGCCUGGACAGCAGCGUGAUCCGAGACCUGAACAUCCUGCACAGCCUCAUCGAGAUGAGCGGACUCACCAUCCUGAGGGAGGAGAGGCAGGAGGGCUUCCCUGAGCAGUGUGUCCCUGUGUGGAUGCUGGCCAUGCAGAAGGGCCCUGGCCACUCCUGACUGCCCAGUGAGACUGCAGAGACUGGGCUAUGGAUGAGCCAGGGGAUUGGGAAGGAGAAAAGCACCUCCUGGAAUCCUCCUACCCAUGCACUGCUCCAGAGCAGCAGCUUCUAAGGGGUCAGGAGACAACCACAAAGCUUCUCUCAGGAAUAGUCUGCUCCUAAAUCCUAUCUCUCCAUCGUUCUUGCCAUUUUUAAAAGCUUUCCUAACCUCCUUGUCAGAUCUCUAUUCCAUUAAGGAGUCAAUACUGUACAAAAAACUCAUCCAAUAGAAAAUUAUUAGGUCUGAAGUUUUUGUAGAAGUUAAUAAUUUUUGGGUGUUCUGUAUGAGGUGUUAACAAGCCUGUUUUUCACUAUGGCACUUAAGUCUUCUUGGAAUUUAAGGAGGAUGUGUCAGAUCACUGAAGCAGGAAAUUCAAGUAACUUCUGGAAAACUUCACCAAAAUUUUGUCUGUCCUCUCUACCUGGACUUUAAAAUAUUUAAACCAAGAAUAUAAGGGAAAUGGUAUCUUUUGUUGGCAUCAGCUAUGUAGUUUUGGGGGUUUGGGGGGUUUUUGUUGUUGUUGCUGUUGGGGGUUAUUUUGGGUUUUUGGGAUUUUUUUGGGUUUUGGGGGCGUUGUUUUUUAGGUUUUGUUUGUUUUGGUUUUUGGGGUUUUUUGUUUUUGUUUUUGUUUUUGCAUUUCUGUCAAUUUGGACAAUAAAACAACCUGGUUAAUUUUCCAUUUUUAGGAGCUACUUCCUCUUCCUGACAUUUUUGCUGUAGAACAAUAGUGGUGCCUGUGGGAUUUCACACUCCAGAGGAAAACUUGGCUGACAAAUAGCUGCAUGUUUGCAUUGAAAUUUUGUGAAAAAGCUUGCCCCACGUAUUACAUUCUGCUAUUUCUUUCCCCCAAAUGUUCACAGUGGAAACCACUUAAAAGCCUCUCUUUAUUAUUCAUACCACUGUACAUUUCUUUUUUUCCCACAUUCAGAACAAGCCUGGCACCAUAUGCAGAGCUAAUGGGAUUUCACGGAACGUUAAUAGUAAGGCUGUAAGAAGAACUAAUACAGUAUUGUAUUAAUUAACAACUGUGCUAAACUGCAGAGACUGUUAGUGUAACCCAAAAGCCAUGAUUUAUAUUCAAAGAGCAGCUGUGUAAGCCUGGAUUUGAAAAUACUGACAUGCAGCCCAUCUCCUUAAGACUCCCAGAAAUCAUACAUUAAGCUUCUUGUCCUCUUUGCAGAGACACAGAAAGUGCUGUGGGAGGACAGAAGUUGAUUUUGCAAACAAAUUUGGAAUUUGGAAUUCUGCUUCAUUCUAAAGAUGUGAGGGGGGAAUUUUGAAAUUUGUUAUGAGGGAAAGCUACACAACCACAGUUUUCCAAGCUGAUUAUUUUUUUUUUAAUCCAGACAAAAUCAAAUGCUUCUUUUGAAUGGAACUUUUAAUAUAAUUUGCACUUAAAAUGUUACUCAGGCUUGAUGAAAAUUUUAGAAAUUAAUUAUAGCAUUAGAAAUGUUCUGGCUGUCAGAAUUUUUAUCACAUCUUGCUCCCCUGAAAUGCAAUCCUGGCAAAGCUUUUCAGAUUCUGUAGAGAGUUGUACUAUGACAAAUCUCUCUGUGCUAGGGGAAAGGAGUUCUAUAAACCUCCCUCACAUGACAGAAGGCACAAUUGGCUGUAUCAAAUAUUGUCAGCUGUGUUAGAUUAACUAAAAAGAAGCCUGAAGAUAACAAAAUAAGGGAGCCUCUCAGCUGGAUUUUAGUACACAUUGCUGUUCUUUGAUAACAAAUCUCCAAUUUUUAUUUUAAUUGCAUAACUCAUCUUCUCUGGCAAUAUGUUUGCACAUGUUGAGAAUUACCAGUUUAUGGCAGAAGGCCUUCUGCCAUCAACUCUUAUCCAGGAACUCUUCUGUUAAUGUUCCCUGGCUAAUUGUAGCAUUAAGGAAAACCACGCUGGUGAUUUGGUGAAUAUUCUGGUGUUUCUUAUAGCCUGAAAACCUAUGGUUCCCACAACACAGAUGCUUCUGGAAUGUUUUGAUUAAUUCUUCCAUUUUGAUCAGCUGGUGUUGGAUGGAAACUGAGUAAGUAAUGUUUUUAUCAAGAAAGAGGCAUCAGUCCUAUAGCAAAAAGAAGGGAAUAUUUACAUAUUUUCCUUUACAUGGAUUGCAAAUUAAUUUGCCCUUCACCAUUUUUUUCUUCCAGCCAGAGACAUCUGCCAUGGUGCAGAAUACUUGGGGGCUGCUGGAGAUCCUUGUGCAGUGAUAUCUGUGCCAGGCAGGUCUGAGAGGUGUUGUCACUGCAGUGGUGAGAGAAUGGCAUUGUGGAAAUGGGGAAAUAAAGAAUUUUAUACAAACCUAAAAAGCUGCCAAAUCUUACAGGGCACAAUAUAUCAGCUGGUCAUGUACACACCAGAGUUGGUGCAGUUCAGUCAUGAGAGACAUGGUUCCAAGGUGGAUUGAGAAAACAAAGUGGUUCAGGAUGAAAAAUGGAAUAUAAAUGGGUGGUGGGGUUACCAGUGAAAUACAUUUUUCAAAGUAAAAA